AGUAAUUAUUAUUUAAAGGAACUCGAUGGCAGAUGAAGCAAUCACAGGAUUGUACGAGACUCUUAUAGACAGACUCGAGAAACAGGAAAUAGCUCUUCAACACCUACAAGUUGUGGUGGCGGAAACAUCAAAGGAAGCAAAGAGCAAAAGCCAGCAAAUCGAACGUCUCGAAAGUGUAGUAAGUGAAGUAAUGACCAGGCUGAGCGAGAAAGACGACCAGGUAGAAAAACUGGAAAACGAACUGAGAGAAGUCAGGAAGGAAUCCGACAUUCUCCAGCAUGGCCUUGUUCAUCCUGACGAAGCUAUAUCAGAUCGUAUGAAGAGCGAGCCGCAUUCUUUGCUCCAUCUACAACAACAUGGCGGACCAGAAGAUGUCACACAUGAAGAAGUCCGUACAACUAAUGGGUCCAACCAGCAAAUAGACAAAAGACAUCAUUACAACAGAGGAGCUGCUAGUACUGUGGCCUUUAGUGUAUCCAUACACGACACUAUUAAUGUUCAACAACACGAGGUGUUGGUAUUCGGUGACGAGUUGUUAGACGAGGGAGGUGUUGGUAUUCGGUGACGAGUUGUUAGACGAGGGAGGUGUUGGUAUUCGGUGACGAGUUGUUAGACGAGGGAGGUGUUGGUAUUCGGUGACGAGUUGUUAGACGAGGGAGGUGUUGGUAUUCGGUGACGAGUUGUUAGACGAGGGAGGUGUUGGUAUUCGGUGACGAGUUGUUAGACGAGGGAGGUGUUGGUAUUCGGUGACGAGUUGUUAGACGA